CAGAAUAUAUUUACCGUGAAUCAGGGCUCUCCAAAACUUGUCAUUGAACGAACUUGCUGAAACCCGGUUUCAAAGACAAAACUAGUAGUAUAGAAUCAAGCUCCUUUUUGAAACCUCUACAUAAACUUGCUACUAAAGUUAUCGUUUACCUCGCGCGUUUUUCUGCUGGAAAAAGUGAAAAAUUACAUUUUUCAUUCUUUUUACAAUUGAAUUGAUCAUUCAUUUGCAUGUUAACUUGCAAAUCUGUAAUUGACAUCCUUUACCACUCCGUAUACGUUUUUCUCCAAGAGUCAUCUCAUCUACUCUAUUCUUGAGUUUUUCUGUUAUUAACCGAGGAAAACAGUCUUCUUAUGAUCGAAACAUAUCCAGAUAGCUAAUUUUAUCUGAUAAAUUCUAGUUGAUGCUUAUACCUAUUGUAAAGUCAUCUGCGAGACUUGUGCAAUCUCACGGACAUUGGUUAGCUCCUGUUAUUACUUAUUCGUCAACUUUAUAUGGAUUAGGAGUCAACAGAAAUUGUCGCCAGCUGUCUACGUCUAACGCAACUCAUUCCGUUCGAUAUGUAAAGAAUGACCGAAAGUUUCUUCCUACCGACCAGGCUCUCGGUACCAUACGUUUGCAGAAGGGCUGUCAAAAAUUACAAGGAUGCUUUCGUUUGUACUCCACAAAAAUCCCUUCAGAACAGCGUUUACCUCCUCCGUCACCUGCUGCCUCAUUGAAACCACCAAAGAAACCAUUGCUUUCACGGGCUUUUCUUAAGAUAAAGAAUGUUCUUUUUAGGCAAAACAAAUUUCUAACAAUUGAUAAUGUUACAGCUUUCUUCAGCUGGUGGCUCGUCAGCCACAUUGUUUGGAUUAUCCUUGGAACGACUACUUUCUUUUCUUUAUUGUUAUACACACUCAAUACAGUGUCGGCUCAAGAGUAUUUUGGGAAAUGGAUUGGACAAUUAAUGACAAAAAACACGGGUUUUGAGGUUGUCUUUGAGAACGCUAUUGUUCCUAAUUGGAGAAAGGGUCUUAUCACAUUUAACAAAAUUCAAGUACGAAGGAGGCCAGAGGCUUCAUCCAAGAAUUUACACAAUCCAUCAGAUAAGCCAAACUACGAAAAAGAAUUUAUGGCCUUGCGCCAGAGCUACGAUUCCACGUCCUCGGUCACUGAAGACAUUGCUUUAUUGAAGCAAGGAAACUAUACCCAAUUUGAUUUAUCCAUAGAUAAGGCAGAUGUUUCUUUUAGUUUUGCAAGGUUCCUGAAUGGAAAAGGAAUCGUCAAGGAGCUCGUCCUAAGUGGAGUCCGCGGCGUCGUUGAUCGAAGGUUUGUGCAAUCAGAUGUUUCUAUAGACCCCAGAUCAUACCGAAGACAACAUAAUUGGGGAGAUUUUGAAAUUGAACGCUUCAAGUUGGAAGAUUUACGAGUUACGCUUAUGCAACCUGACAAUUUUAGGCAGUUUCCUGUCAGCGUUUUCUUUUGCGAGCUUCCCAAGCUCAGGAAGCAAUGGUUGUUUUAUGAUGUAAUGAAUGCUACGAAUUUAACGGGAAGCUUUGACAACAGCAUGUUUACGGUACACAGAUUGCAGCUCAAGCCGUAUUCACCUUAUAUGAAGCCGUACGAACAAUCGCCAGACAUGCGACAUAGCAGGCUUCGAAUUGAUAAUCUAGCUAUUGAUCAUUUGAAUCGAGGGGUUUCAGGAGCUUUCGGGUGGAUUAAUGAUGGAUCAGUUGACUUUUCAGUAAAUAUUUCUUGUCCUCAAGAGCCUGCGAAAAGCAUAAUUAAGCGUUAUUUCCAUCAGGUUUUAAUGAAUGCGAAAUUAACAGAGAAGAAAGAAGAUCCAGUUCCAGAUGUACAUUUUGAUGUUGAUGUUCAAUUGCAUAAUCCGAAAGCGGCUAUACCCAUUUUCACGAAUCAAAUGGGUUAUGUAAAUAAUGCUUUACUUCGACCAAUUGUCGCUUACAUUAAUUCUACCCGUACUUUUAUUCCUAUCAUGUGUCAUUUAUCAAAACCGUUGUCAGACUUUGAUGGAAGCUGGACCAUUUAUGAUAGUGGUGUACUGCAAGAAAUAUCUUCGCAGGUAAGUUUGACCCUAUUUGUGUCUGUUAAGACAAAAUUGUUCCCAAGGAGUUCAUAGGACAUUGGAGGUAUAUGAUUCGUUUGCAGAAGACGUGGUAAACCAGGAACUUCGCAGGAAAAGAAUUCGAAAAGUUGGAUACUGGAGUUUACAACGUAUCCUACAUCUCAUCCUAUUAUCUUUGCAGGAAUUAGCUCCUAGUCCAGCCCCUUUAUCAAAUACCUCUUAGCUGUAUGACAUUACGAAUGUAGGGGCAUUUAAUGAUGAAAAAGAUUGCCUAACAGAAACCUCAAGAAGAGUUUUUAGAGGAAAUACGAAUCUCCUUCUUGAGGUUUUCAUUCUGUAUGUUAUAUAAUAAUUUUGUUUUCUAGUUUUUUGAUCAAUCUUAUUUAUUAUUCAUAUCCAUGAUAACCUUUGCUCUGUAUGUGGAGAUUAUAUUCUACCGGAUUACGAUCACUUUUGUACGCUCCUUGGUGGAUGAUUAUAAGAAAAAAAAAGAAAAGAAAUGGGUAGUCCGG